AGGUGUACACGUACAUGUAUAGUUGUCGCUGUAAAAGAUUAAAAAGAUAUAUACACUGUAAGGAGUAGGCUUACUACAAGUAAUGAAGUACGUAAGUAAGUAAGUGGUAUGCAAACGACAUCAUGAAAACUAGUACGAUGUUGGCACUAUCUACUGCUGUGAUUUUGAUCGGCGUCUGCAAAGGUACCACUCCGUCAUUUUCCUCUCCGUCCAUUUCCGGGACGAGCCGGACGGUUAUUAAUGAGGAUGUGGGGCUAGGAACGUCUGUGUACCACGUCAGCGCCCAUUACUCCGUGUAUCCCGUCACUUACAGUAUACACAUGGGGUCAGGGUUCACCCUUACAGGACAGACCAUAUACACAUCACAAGCCUACGACUACGAAUCAAAGUCUUCAUAUAGUCUACAGAUCAGUGCAACAUCAGGGGGCUACACUGCAACCGUGCCAUUAACUAUAGCUCUAGUGGAUGUGAACGACAACACCCCGACUUUUAGUCCAGCUGUGUACACAGCCACUAUACCAGAAAACUCACCCGCAGGAACAUCUGUAAAAACACUAAAUUGUCUGGAUGCCGACAGUGGUUCAAAUGGGAUCUGUACUCUCAGGAUCCAAACGGGAGAUGACGUAGCACAUAAAUUUACCGUUUCCGGUAAAACAAUUGUGACUACCAGGACAGCUAUUGAUUACGAGGCUCUGAAAUCACGAAACCAUGUGUAUUCACUGGUUGUUGUCGGCGUCGAUUCACCAUCACCAUCCGGGUACUCUGUCAGAACGGGAACGGCAUAUGUAUACGUCACUAUCACCGGCACAAAUGACCACUAUCCGUCAAUUUCUGGAACAAGUCCGACUGCAAUAUCUGUGAGAGAGGACAGCCCUGUAGGGACCACUGUUGCUACUGUCCAGGCUACUGAUGCUGAUGAUGGAGACGACGGGGUCCUCAAAUACUACAUCAUAGGUGGGGACACCGGUGGUCGAUUUGGCAUGAUUGCGGACGCCGGACGCAUAUACCUGCUGAAGACAUUGGAUUAUGAAUCUGCCAGAUCCUAUCCGUUGACAAUUAAGGUUACUGAUUCCGGGUCACCUGUUCUAUCAGCCACUUCUACAGUUAUAGUUUACGUGAAUGACGUCAACGACAACACUCCAGUCUGUUUACCCAACAUACACUUCAUUUCUGUUCUGGAAACUACAGCCCCUCCUACUACGGUGAUAAAUGAUCUCGGAUGCACAGACGGAGACCCUGGGACAUCUUUGACGUACACCAUGACACAAAACCCUGGUAACAAGUUUAUGGCUUCCACUUUUGGGACCGCAGCAGCUCUCGUUCUCAAUGACACGCUUAACUACGAAGCAGCAUCUUAUUACAACUUAGAGGUGACGGUGUCAGACAACGGGCACCCUGCUCUCUCGUCCUCUGUAUCAAUUGAUGUCAGCGUCUUCAAUGUAAACGAGGAUAAGCCAGUGUUUACAAACAUAGGAAACUAUAUGGUAACUGCAAGUGAGGAUACUGCAGUAGGUUCCACUCUUGUCACCGUCGCGGCCACGGACACAGACGCUGGAGAUACUGUAACGUAUGCCUUUGCAAUUCCGUACCCUAAUUUCAACAUUGACCACACCUUGGGAACCAUACUGCUCGUCCACAACCUAGACUACGAGACGGCCUCUAGCCAUAUACUCAUAGUGGACGCCUCUGACGGCACGCACAGUUCUGCUGCUACUGUUACUAUUGUCGUGGAUGAUAUCAAUGAAGUCCCGACAUUCACACAGGCCACAUAUACGGUAAAUUACGCGGAGAACCAGUCGGCAGGUACAUCCAUUGUGAGUGUCUCGGCUACAGACUUAGACAGCGGAGCCAGGGGACGUCUUACCUACACUAUAUCGGGUGGUGACGGGGUGUCAUACUUCACCAUUGACUCCACAUCUGGCACCAUUUCGUCAUCAUCCGUCAUCGACUACGAACUCAACACGUUUUUUAAUCUUAUAGUACAGGCGUCUGACUCGGCCCUGCCUUCUUUAACUUCGCAGUGUUUGGUGAACGUUAGAAUCAGGGAUAUAAACGACAACGCUCCAGUGUUUAUUCCGGUAACAUACACCGAGAGUGUCUCCGAAGUAGCCGUCAUUGGUACAACAGUCACCACGAUCAGCGCUACGGAUGCUGAUUCCGUUGCUAAUAACAACAACGUUUUCGAAUUCAGGAGCAUUUCCGCCGUUCCCUUUACUGUAAACCCCACAUCAGGAGUGAUUACCACAAACGCAUUGCUAGAUAGGGAAAUCGUGUCUAUAUACGAGAUGGUGAUCCUCGCGACGGACAAAGGCGCCACCCCUCUGACCGGUACCUCUACUGUAACCAUCUCCCUGAUAGACGUGAACGACAACGGCCCCAGUAUAUCUGGUACUUAUGACACCACGAUAGACGAGGACACCGCCGUCAACACCGUCGUCUUCUCAAUCAUCGCCACUGAUCUGGACUACGGACGAAAUAGCCAGUUACUGUACGCUAUCAACUCCGGGAACACCAAUACAGACUUCAAGAUAGAGGUCAGAACUGGUAUAAUACAAACGGCGAACCUUUUGAAUAGGGAAUGGAAUUCAUUCUAUAAAUUAACGGUACAUGUCACUGAUGACGGAACGUCACCCAGGACCGCCAGCGUAACCUGUACGCUGGCUAUAAGAGAUGUAAAUGACAACCCUCCUGUUUGGGUCACACAGCCUUUUGUGUUUUCCAUUACGGAAAACGUCGCGGCAGGUUCCGGUGUCGGUUUCAUAAGAGCCACUGAUGCCGAUAUAGGUAUGAACUCAGCAUUAACAUACUCCAUUGUGAACUUCUGGGUCGGUGGUUCGAAUCCAUUUGUGAUUGAUAGCUCCUCUGGUUAUAUUUCUUCAAAUAAGGUUCUCGACAGAGAAACUGUCGACACCUACAUCGUAUGGUGCCGAGUACAUGACGGUGGAUCGCCGAUGCUUUCGGCAGAUUCCAAUGUAACGAUAACAGUUUUGGAUAUCAAUGAUAACGACCCUGUGUUUGAAAUGGCAAAAUACUUUGGAAAUAUUAGAGAAAACUCUCAAGUUGGUACUUCAAUUCUGAGUGUAUCGGCAACUGAUGGUGAUACAGGUGUAAAUGUACAAUUAGCAUAUGCACUGGAUACGUCCAUAUUGACAGGUGCCGAAAAGUACCUAAACAUAAACCCGACAACAGGACUUAUCAAUGUCAAAACUCGAAUUGAUCGCGAGAAAGAUCCAUUGCUUUCUGUCACAGUGUUUGUAACCGACGCCGGGACACCACCUAGGACCGGUACUGUGAUGGUGUCAAUUACCGUCACUGAUGAUAACGACAAUAAUCCGAUAUUCUUAGAGACAUUUUAUAAUGCAGAGGUUCCCGACAGUGACACGUGCUCUUCUGUGAUAGCCACAGUCACCGCUACAGAUGCUGACCAAGGUCCAAACUCACACGUUUCUUACUACUUUGAUAAUAGUAGCGAAGAUUUCAGUUUAGAUCCAGUCACAGGUAAAAUCAGUAGCUCUCGGAAGCUGUCACCAGGAAAGAAAUACAUCAAAUUCGUUUAUGCUCGCGAUAAUGGUAACCCAGAGCUGAAGUCAACAGCGAAGGCCACAGUUCGUAUCGACACUUUCCGACCGUCUAACGUUGUCAUUACUUUUCAUCUGAGUAUCAACAAAAGCUACUUUGAAGCUGUUGAGACAGCAUUCAUCACCAAGCUGACCAGUGUGUACCGUGUCUCGUAUCCUACAGCGUUGGUCAGGCGAUGGUGCGUAGUGGAAUCCUCGGGCAGUCUCACCAUUGCCAGCCUAUAUGUACUUCAAGACGACACCACUAAUGACAUGAUCAACAUUUAUUCUGAGAAGAAAUUUCUCACUGCGUCCGCUGCUCAAUCGUACGUAACGCGGGAUACCGACGGGAGACCGUCGUACAAAAUAACAGGAACAUCCUGGCUCCCCUUCCAUAUCAAAAAGGUCGUUUACGCGACAUCCAGUGAUGAUGACGUAACUCCCUGGGUCCAGACCAGUACCGGUAUCGGAGUGACAACCGUAUGUGUUCUAGUAGGCGUGUUUUUUCUCGUCCUCGUCAUAGCAAUGAUUAACAGAUGCAUCAAAUCAAAAAGUUUGGUAAAUACAACUUCUCGCGUUUCGGUUGAAGAGAAAACUAACACUUUCCUGACGAACAAACAACCACCUCCAUAUUCAAACGGUCCGACAAGGAAAAUGGAGAUUUCCUCGGUACAUUUGCCUAAACCAGCAAGGAAUUUUGAAGAAAUCAACAACUGGUCAAAGAAAUGGACUGAAACCCCAGACGGCUUUUAAUGAGGAUUGUAAUAAAUUUAUUAUAAUUAGAAGCAUCAGGACCAUAGUGUGGGUACAAUGCUAGAGCAACGGUCUUCCUCGGCGAUAUAUAUGUUCGUUCACAGAGAAUCGGGAUCGGCUGAGAGGUCAAGGAGGUACAUACGCGUCUGGACAGCGGUGUGCUGGUUUGCGUGCUGCUCCACACUUGGAGAAGUGGACAUUAUGUAUUUGGUCUCAGAACAGGAUAUUUAUACGUGUAAAAAUAUGGUCUUUUUCGGGACAACUUCCGAUAAAACUUUCGAUUUUCCUGUUUUAUGUCAAAAUAAAAUAUAAUCAAAACAGUAUGAGAGAUACCUUCCGAAAGUCGCUAUUGUUUACAAAACUAUACGAUGGUAAGAAACAAGUCAGGGCCUAUGUUAUGAAAAUUAUUGACAAAA